AUGGAGCAGUGUACGAAUAGUACCGAGAAUGAUAAAACGCCAAGCCAAUCUGCAAAGAGGUUAUUGGAUAAGGUUGCGGUGAUAACCGGGGGAGCGAGGGGGAUCGGAGCAGCGACGGCGAAGUUGUUCGCGGAGAACGGAGCGCACGUGGUGAUCGCGGACGUGCUGGACGAUCUGGGGGUGUCGAUGGCGAAGUCCAUCGAAGGUCGGUACGUACACUGCGACGUGUCGAAUGAGGAAGAGGUGGAAUCCUAUAAAGGAGGCUGUGAGGUGGAAGGGCGCGUGGAUGUGAUGGUGAACAACGCCGGAGUGUCGGGGACCGAAGGAAGCAUCACGCGGCUGGACAUGGAGAAAGUGAAUAAGGUGGUGGCGGUGAACCUGAUGGGGACGGUGCACGGAAUAAAGCACGCGGCGAGGGCGAUGGUGGAAGGCGGAAGAGGAGGGUCGAUCAUAUGCACGUCGAGCUCGGCGGCGAUGAUGGGGGGGUUAGCGUCGCACGAGUACACGAUGUCGAAGGCGGCGAUGGGGGGGCUGGUGAGGAGCGCGGCGUGUGAGCUGGGGGCGAAGGGGAUAAGGGUGAACAGCGUGGUGCCGCACGGGGUGGCGACAGAGAUGCUGGUGGUGGCGUUCAGGACGUUCGGGAAGGCCGAUAUCACGGCCGAAGGGGUGAGGGAGGUGGUGGGGCAUAGCGGGAGUCUGCUGAAAGGGAGGGGUGGGACCACAGAGGACGUGGCACAUGCCUGUGUGUUUCUGGCGAGUGACGAAUCGGGCUUCGUAACGGCCCACAAUCUUGUUGUGGAUGGGGGUUACACCUCUGCCAAUAGUUUGCUCAAUUUCAUCUACCAUUAG